AAAGAAAGAAAGAAAGAGUUGGGGGAUGGGAGUGAGAGAGAACUGGGAUCGAUAUGUAAAACAAGAAAAAAUAAAAACAAAAGAGGUUGCCUCUCACCUUCCCAUAUACAUAGAUGUGUAAGCAAUCUGUAUGUGUAAUGUAUUGACUCUAUAGUAUUCUGUUCCAGCCAUCCCCUUCCAAAGAUGUCACUUAACAACAGAAGUUAAAGCCCCAAACGGUUAAGUUUGUGACACACAGCUGUUAUGUAGGGUAGAAUUUGAACCCAGACAAUCUGCCUCUGAUUCCAGAUGCUUGAUGAUCCCAGGCCCUCAUCCAGGGGAGACCCUGGCUUGGAAGAGACUGUUUACCACCAUGGAACCCCUGUUGAGAGAGAGAGGGAAUAGGAAAUGGGGACAGAGACAGAGGUUAUCAAGUGUUCAUUAGUGGAUUCGGUUAAUGACUUUUCUCUGAAGCCUUUGGGCCACACCUGAGGGAAUGUGUUUGUUCUCCGGGAAGAAUGUCAGCACAGCCACCCUGUAUCAACAGACCCUCCCUAUGGGAUCCAUCCACUCAGGUCUGGGAACUGAAUGAAGAGUGACUGAGGGGUCUGGGGAGAGCUUUUUGCUUACUUUCCUUCAGUUUUUCAUUUCAGGGCCAUGUCCCUAUGUCACCAGCCCACAAAGCCCUGCAGUACCCUGAGUGUAAAUCAAACAACAAGAGUGUGAAUUAACAGCUCACUGGAGGAGCUAUCACCUAAGGAGGUAGACACACAAGGGUUGGGGGUCCAAGGCCAUCCUUGGCUAAAUGUUGAGUGCCAGGCUAGCUUGUCUCAUAAAACAAACCAAGAUCUGGCUUAGCCCAUAAAAUGCUUCCUGUGUGAGCAUGAAGGCCUGAGUUCAAAUUUUCAUUCCAGCAGGCAUGGAGACAACAGAGCAAAACAAAGGCCCAGCUUGGGGUGGAGAGACCCCUGGAAUUCUGUGACCUGCCCCAGGUUUAGUGAUAGACCCUUUCUCAGAAUAGAAGGUGACCCCCUUCCCUGGAUGCCAUGGCAGAAGCUGGGAGGUUGCCCCCACCACUACCCCCUCGGCUGGACUGGUUUGUGCACACCCAGGUGGACCGGCUGGCCCAAUAUGGGAUCCCGGAGUGGUUCCAUGGUACCAUCUCUAGAGAAGUUGCUGAGAACCUGCUGGAGUCACAACCCCUGGGGGCAUUUCUUAUCCGAGUCAGCCACAGCCAUGUGGGCUACACCCUUUCCUACAAAGCCCAGACCUGCUGCCGUCACUUCAUGGUGAAACUCACAGAUGAUGGAACUUUCAUUCUUGCUGGGGAUCAUGUGACCCACGCUUCUCUGGACGCCCUGGUCACUUUCCACCAGGAGAGACCCAUUCGUCCAUAUGGAGAGCUACUGACCCAAGCCUGCGGGCAGAAGGAUCCAGCAAACGUGGACUACGACGAUCUCUUCCUGUACUCUAAUGCCCUGGUCCAGGAUGCUGAAAGCCGCGGGUCCACGGAAAUUCAGAGGCCUUCUUCCUGCCCACCAGAGGAGAACCCUGAAAGGAUCCCUUCUGCAGCAACUGGCAGAAAGCUUGCGCCAGCCCCCUGCUCCCCAAAGGCACUGUUUGGGGAGGCAGGACAGAGGCUGAGGAAGAACCUGAGGACGCUGCCAGAGACCAGCCGGAGGCUGAAACAGCGGCUCACCUCACACCUGUCCGCCACAAACCUGCAGGGAGACACCAGGCGUGAGGUGCAUCAUCAUAGCCCCGUGACUCGAGCAUCCAGCUGGGACAGUGCUUGCCACUCUUCGGACCCUGGUGCAGCCACCUCUCUCCAAAACCAUUCAGAGCCCCAGGCCUGGAGAGGCAGAGAAUCCACCUUCACAGCCUCCAGGCCUACCAGCUGGAAGGACACAGUCUCGGCCUGGGGUGGAAAGCUGGUGAGGGCCCUGUCUGUGCAGGCAACCACGCCAGAGCCUGCAGACUUGCCAGAAGCCCAGGACUGGCUACCUGAGGAAUAUCUCCGACCACCACCUUUUGCCCCUGGGUACUGAUAGCACCCCCUCUAUCUUGGGUACCUAUCUCUUUUCCAGUCCCUGCCCCUGCCCCUGCCCUCACAACCAGAGAACUGUGCUAAAGGGGUUAUAGGGCUGAAUUCUGUAGUUGCCAGCAGAGAGACCUGAUUGUUCUAACAAUAAUACAAUUACCACUUUAGGGACUCUAAUGAGAUGACCCAUUGGUAAGGAAGUAAAGGGCUUGCAGGAAAGCCUGACUACCUGAGUUCAAUCCCUGGUACUCACAUGACAGAGGGGAAGACCCAACUCCUGAAAGUUGUCCUCCAACCUCCACAUACAUGCAUACAUGUGUACACACACACACACACACAUACACGGUGGACACAAUACAUGCCAGGCCUAUAUCACAACCUCUCUGAUCAUGAGGUAGCCUUCUAUAUCCAUGGGAUCCAUAUUUCACAUUCAGCCACAUUAGCCUACUUAAUGAAUUCCAGACUGUUGUUUAAAAAAUGGUAGGUGAGAGAGCCGCCAUCAAUCGGCAGAGCUCAUGUGGAGACUUUUCUUAUUGGAGGAAGAGAAUGGGAAA